AUGUAUUAUUAUUAUAGGCACAUACCGGAUGGGGAAUUAUUCACGCUGGUCACAACGCUGUGUACGGUGAUAACGGUGAAGCAUUUGGGUAAGAGGGCAUGGGGACUAAUGCGAGACUUGUUGAGAUCGAGGUCGGGUCAUACGGCACUCGGGUACCUGAUCGAGAUUAUCGCCAAGGGGAAAUUGUGCCCGAGACCGAACGUGGUUGUGGGCGCGGUAUCGGCUGUAUCGGUGGCGUUGUGGGGAAGUCAGCGUGUUGAAACGUUACGAUGCCAGCCGGGUGCCGUAAUACCGGCGCUAUCGUGUGGAAUGGAGGGAGGACCUCUAGUGAUGGCCGAGGUGUUCAUUUCGAUGAAACGUUUACUUGCAAAGUACGGUAAAGAUCUGCAGCAGUUGAGUUGGCAUACCGUUCUGCAGUUACUCUCCAAGGCAGUGAGACUGUGUCGAGUGAUAAAAGAAGAAGAUAAACGCGUCGAAUUAUCGAAACAAUUGCAUCAGUUGAUCGAUAUUGUCGAGGAGUUGAAUCGCGACGGGGAGUAUGCUGGAUCAACAGAGCAGAUGUACGCGUUGAUCGAGAGUUGUGCCGAUGAACGACCGACGUGUAGUGUGCUGGCACUGAUGGAUUAUAGGGCGAAUUCAAUUGAUCCGCUGUCAGCGAAGUGGUUGUGUUCGAUGGCUGAUUUGGUGGAGCGAUAUCUGAUGGAGGAGAACUCGCCGGCAGUGCGUGAAAAAGCAGUGAGUAUAUUGCAUAAUGUCUAUACGAAGUAUCAUGUGCUCUAUGAAAGGGAUGUUAUUAUGGAUCUGAUGAUACCCGUGUUGAAGAAGGCGGUCGACGAAGGUGACAUGAAAAUUCAG